AUGUCCAAGACUAGGUCCGAGCUCUAUGCGACUACUAUGGUCGCCAACCCCAACGGUUGCUCUGAUUUUCGAGGGGUUGCCAACAUCGUGAUGACCGCCGUGGGUGUCGGUGUAUUGGCCUUACCUAACGCUGUGGCCUUCGGUGGUUGGGUUGCUGCUCCCCUACUACUACUGUUGGCCUGGGUCCUCACCCACUACCAAAUGUGUCUACUCUGGAAAUGCCUUUUCAUGAACCCUUCGAGGAAGCCAAUGGAGUCCUAUGAGGAAAUCGGGAGAGUUUGUUUUGGCCGAGUCGGGCAAGUGGCAGUCGCCCUAUGCCUCUACGGUGGCAUUUUCUCUAUCUGCGCCCUUAUCAUGAUUUUACUAGGCAGUUCCCUCCACAACUUGGUGCCCUCGCUGAGCCGAUCACUAUGGAUUGUUAUUACUGUGGCAUUGAUGUUACCCUUUGCAUGGUUACCUAGUCUUAAACGUGUUGGAAUUAUUGCGGCUAUAGGUGUUGGCGCUACUGCAGUUGUCGCUGUAUCGGUGAUUAUCGCGGGUGCUCGUGAGGCUGUCAGCUCUGACCACGUCCACGUGCUGGGUCCGCAAGGUGUAGGUGGUCUGGGUUUAUCAUUCACCAACUUCAUGAAUAGUUUUACAUGUGCGCCGGUGAUACCAAGCUUAGUGGUCGAGAUGAAGAACCCUGUCACGUUUCCGAGAGUUGCCCUCUGGUCGUUUUUAACGAUUACAGUCGUAUUUGGGAGCAUUGGUUUUGCUGGUUACGCGGGCUGGGGGAUCGACAUGCUCAAGUUCGAUCUGAUCGUUGACGCUGUUGCCUCGUCGGCUGGUCGCGGCGAUUGGGUAAAUUACAUAGUUCAAAUAUCAAUUCUGGUAGUGUCAUUUACGCAUUUGUUGGUUUUAUUCGCGCCUUUGGGCAAAGCUAACGAUCGUAUAGUGUCUCAUUUUUUCAAGGGUAAACGUGUGUAUUGGACGUUGUCUCUUGUGGGGCGGACGGUUGUAUUUCUCGCUGCCAUGGGGUUGGCGUUGCUAGUGCCAGGAUUCGGCGCGUUAUUCAACAUCGUUGGAUCUACGAUAGUAAUGUUUUUACAAAUUCUCUUUCCCAGUACAUUUUUCUUGAGAUUGUUGUAUCUGGGAUCGAAAAAUGGCAUCGCUUCGCCGUUCACGUCGAAAACACGUGAGAAGGUUCACAUUGGUACGGUGGUUGCGUGUAUCUGCCUUGGUCUUUUCGGCCUAGUGUUGGGAACAUAUCAAGCCAUUGAUGCAUUAGCAUCGAAAUAA